UCAUCAGCAAGCAUGUCAUUCUUAUAUUGAUGCUAGCGACAUCGUUUCUCAUACUAGGUGACUUACUUAACUACCUACCCACUACCAACAUUGACCAUACCUGAACGGCGUUACACUAUAAACAGUAGGUAGGAGUCUUUGUUUCAGAAUAUAAGUCUGUGUUCUCCAUCUAUAAAUAGAAAUGAGGUUCUUAGGUUUUAAAUUUACAGUAUUACUGGCGCUUUUGACAUGGGUCCAUGCCAUUGAAUUAACCUUUCAACUGGAAAACCAAGAACGACAAUGUUUUCACAUAGAAGCCCCUUUCAAGGGUGAAAAGUGCCAUUUUACCUAUGCUGUUCAAUCUGGUGGUUCUUUUGAUGUCGAUUACAGUAUCACUGCUCCAAGCAAAAAGAGCGUUGCUCUUGGUAAGAAGCGACGCCAGGCAGAUAUCUUUUUCACUUUGGAAGAAAAGGGAGAAUACGACAUUUGCUUUGAUAAUCACAUGUCUGCUUUCACCGACAAAAUCCUCACUAUGGAGUUGGUUAUGGAAAACGAGAUGUCUCUUCCUUCUCUUAACCGUGAUUCUCCACCAAAGGGUUAUAAUCCCAACAGCAUGCAAGGGACUGUUAUGGAAAUCUCUACAGCUUUAUCAGAAAUUGACCGUAUCCAAACUUACUUCCGUACUCGAGAAAGCCGUAACUUUUCUACCGUCCGAUCUACAGAGUCUCGCAUCUUAUGGUUUAGUAUUGCGGAGGCCAUUAUGGUUGUAGGUCUUUCUUCUCUUCAAGUUUUUAUUGUGAAAACAUUUUUCAAGCAUUCUGGUAGAAGGGGUGUCUAAGGGAUAUUCAAAUAAUCUUCCUAUAAAUGAAUAUAUUUUCGUGGUUUCCUCAAUGAUUGCUUAAAAUCUUUUCAUUCUUUUUCUAUUUCUGUUAUUCACGACGAGGAAAAUUAUGCAUAAUGACACUAUUCUUUCCUUUACUUUACUUAACUUCGUUAAAUCAUCGGUCAACCUCAUUCUCGAAAUGUCAUGAUUAUAGUUGAAUCAAAUCAACUUAAAGAGGAGUCUUGGAAAAGAAUUGGAAGUAAAAAGACAAUUUUAUAUUUUGAAUAAUAUAAUACUUAAUACCAACAGAUGGGAG